CUCUCUAAAAAAAAUUAAGCUUCCAAGUGCGCGCUUCUUUUUCUUCUAUAAAUUGUUUUACUUCACAGCUUGUUGUCACACACAGUUCUAAAAUUGAGUAAAACAGAACCUCCCCUGUUGCAUUCACUCUAGUUUCAACUUAUGGAGUGUAUCUCUUACAAACAUCCUUUUGUUUUCAUGUUAUGGCUUGUGCUCCUUAGUCCUCUCGUGUCCUCUCAACUUUAUUAUAAUUUCUAUGACACAACGUGUCCAAAUCUGACCAGAAUUGUUAGAUACAAUCUCUUGUCAGCUAUGUCCAAUGACACAAGGAUUGCUGCUUCUCUCUUGCGCCUUCAUUUCCAUGAUUGUUUUGUCAAUGGAUGUGAUGGGUCUGUACUUCUGGAUGAUACCAGCACUCAAAAGGGUGAAAAAAAUGCACUGCCUAAUAAAAAUUCAAUCAGAGGAUUUGAGGUCAUUGACACAAUCAAAUCUGCAUUAGAGAAAGCUUGUCCAUCCACAGUGUCAUGUGCUGAUAUACUUACUCUAGCAGCAAGAGAAGCUGUUUAUCUUAGUAGAGGCCCUUUUUGGUCUGUACCUCUUGGUCGUAGAGAUGGCACAACAGCAAGCGAGAGCGAGGCAAAUAACUUGCCAUCACCCUUUGAACCUCUGGAAAACAUUACUGCCAAGUUCAUUUCCAAGGGUCUUGAAAAGAAGGAUGUAGCAGUACUCUCAGGUGCCCACACUUUUGGGUUCGCUCAGUGCUUUACAUUCAAGCCAAGGCUAUUCGACUUUGGUGGCUCUGGUAAACCUGAUCCAGCACUUGGUUCUUCACUUCUUCAAAAUUUGCAGAAGCUAUGUCCAAAUCAAGAAGCUUCUGACACCAAUUUGGUGCCUCUGGAUUCUGUCACAACCAGCACAUUUGAUAACAUGUAUUACAGAAAUCUUGUGAACAAUUCAGGGCUACUUCAGUCAGACCAAGCUCUUUUGGGUGACAACACAACUGCUUCAUUGGUCGCUAACUAUAGCAAGUGGCCUGUUCUGUUCUUCAGAGACUUUGCUGUGUCUAUAGAGAAAAUGGGCCGUAUAGGUGUACUCACAGGACAACAGGGGCAGAUUAGAAAAAAUUGUAGGGCUGUGAACUAGAUAUGUAUGUUCUUCCUUUGUAGACUUGUAUGAAACCAUGCCUAAAAUAAAAUAGUCCUAAUAGUUAGACA